UUUCCCAAUCACCCAACCCCUGCGUCGCCCGGCCUCCUCUCUCCGUCUCGCCUCCUCACCCAACUACCUCCUCGGCUCCCCGACCACGCCUCCUCGUCACGCUUCCGCGGCGGCCGUCCCCGUCCGCCGCUGAGCCGCAGCACGAUCGGAGAUCCGCGCCGCUUCUGCUUGUUCGUCCGAUUGGCUAGUUUGAAAAGCUGUGUUAAGUUGGAUGUGCUACUAUGGAGAUCGACAGCCUAAGAGAAGGAUUUGACCGAGUUGCUGAGAAACGUGCGUCAUCUUCUGCUAAAGCUCUGGAAGCUGUUGAUUAUAUAGUGAAUGAAGUUGAGCAGGCAAUUGUCAAGCUGCAGAUGAUGAAUACAGAUUCUACUGGGAACGUUGACCAUACAGCCAUCCUUGCAGAACUGAAAGCUAAGCUGAAUGAAAUGGCACCAAUAAACCAACUUGAAGGCAGCCAAAAGGAGCUUAAUGUUGCCCUGAGCAAAUAUCUCAAGCUCCUUGAGAAGUCUUUCAAUCCAGAUAUAUCGAAGGCAUACAGAAAUGUGGAUUUUGAGGUUCAUACAGUAAACAACAUCAUAGCGAAUCAUUUCUACCGCCAAGGCCUCUUUGAUCUUGGUGACAUGUUCGUCCGUGAGUGUGGGGAAUCAGGUGGAGCAUCCUUGAAGUUACCAUUUCAGGAGAUGUAUAGUAUCCUUGAAGCAAUGAAAGCGAGAAACCUUGAGCCUGCCCUCAGUUGGGCUGCCAAUAACCAUGACCAGCUGCUGCAGAAUGGCUCUAUGCUUGAGUUCAAGCUUUAUCAGCUUCAGUUUGUUGAGAUACUAUCUAAAGGAAGUAGGGAUGGGUCCAAGGAUGAGGCUAUUCAAUAUGCCAGGACUCACUUGGUUCCCUUUGCAUCUGUGCACAAGGAAGAAUUCCAGAAGCUAAUGGCUUGCCUUCUCUGGGUUGGCCGGCUGGAUCAAUCCCCAUAUUCCGAGUUAAUGUCAUCAGCGCAUUGGGAUAAGCUAGCUGAGGAGCUUACCCAUCAAUUCUGCAGCCUUUUGGGCCAGUCUAGGGAGAGCCCAUUGAGUGUUGCAGUAUCAGCUGGUUUUCAGGGACUACCAACUCUGCUGAAGCUGACGCAAGUCAUGGCUGCAAAGAAGCAGGAAUGGCAAGUGAUGAAGCAGCUGCCAGUUCCCAUAGACAUCGGGCCGGAGUUCCAGUACCACUCUGUUUUCGUGUGCCCAGUACUCAGGGAGCAGUCCAGCGAUGAGAACCCUCCGAUGCGGAUGCCCUGUGGGCACGUUGUCUCAAAGCAGUCUAUCAUGAAGCUGUCGAAGAGCAGCUCCAGGCCGUUCAAGUGCCCCUACUGCCCCUCGGAGGCUGUCGCAUCUCAUUGCAAGCAGCUGCAUUUCUAGAUGUCUGAUCUUUUCUGGCUGCGCAAACCUGUUGAUACAUGCUUUCCCUCCUGUUCCCUGUUACACUGGCCCAAUCAAUAACUUAUAUGUACUCUGUAAUAUACAUGUGUGCUCGGUUAAACCUGUAGUGCCGUCUGGAUGUUAAUCUGUACAGUCUCUGUUAGUCUGGAUGUUAAAGAAUAUGCAGCACAGGUGAUUUGCAGUUGCAA